GAGCAUAAUUAACCCCACGUCUGCUAGGAGCGCUGACGAGCACACGUUUUCUGCGUCCUCGAUCGCGAGUUUUCCCCGUGUGUGUAUGUGUGUGUGUGUCGCUUCCUCCCGCACUCCCCUCCUCCCCCAGCCCGCGCCCGUUUACGUCGCGUGAAGUUGCCUCGGGGACGAGCCAGCGAGAGCGCGCGGCGUGUUGCUUGGGGGUCGAUCCGUCGAUACGGGACGCUGGUUCGGGAUGAUCAUGUAGUUUGGUGUCGAGUCGGCCAGACGCUUCCGUGGCUCUCUUAGCGUGGGAAUCGGUCCGCUUUAGCCAAUGUUAUAACAAACGAGGCCGUUCGCGCGUUCCAUGACUUCCCCACUCGAUCACACGUUAACAGAAGAUGACAGUAUUAGAAACAGAGGAAGACGCAGAUAAACGCUCGGUUCCUCCUAGAAAGAAGUUCUGCCUGUCCCUGUCGGGUCGUGGACGUGCAAUUCCCAUCGUCGUCCCACAGCCCCCUCCUACAUCUACAAGAGGGGGCCUUUUGGAUAGACCAGAUUUCACACUUGGUACAAGCAAAAUGUUGAAUGGUUAUCGAAAUCAGCUGAGCAAUCACCAGGAUGGAAGUUACGACAUGCCUAGUGGCAGUACGGAAGGAUUGAAGAUAGCUACCUUAUGCAAUUUAGGAAAUACCUGCUUCCUCAAUAGUGUAUUAUAUACUUUAAGAUUUGCGCCUUCUUUUCUGCAUAAUUUACAUCAUUUAGCUACUGAUUUGUCUAAUUUAAAUGACAAGCAACUUCAAACAAAAGCCAAAUCUUCCUCGUUAGGUAGAACCGGUGUAUCGCUAACAUCAAGCAAUAGUCGUAGUUGGAGCAGUAAGGAUCUAUUGGCACUAGCUGGAUCAACAGCAGAAGCUAAUAAACCACGUAUUCAAAUAGCCACUGAGAGAUUACAUGAGCUCUUCAUGGCAUUGCGAGCAUCAGAGAUGAGGGAAAACAGUGAACCAUACCAACCAGAUGCCUUUUUACAAGCUCUUAGAGAAGUAAAUCCGAUAUUUGAGGGAAAUCAGCAGCAGGAUGCUCACGAGCUUUUGGUCUGCUUGCUUGACAACAUUAGGGAGACUUUCCAACUCUUGGUCAGACAUAGAGAAAGCCAAUUUGGCCAAAGCAAUGGUGGUUUUCCUGAAUUUAUUGCAAACCACUCGACAACAGAGACACAGUCAGAGAGCAGUAGCUCUGGAAAAAGGAGCAUUCGUAAAUCUAGGAAGAAAAAGAAGAUCACAAGCAGGGGAAAUUCGGUAUCUCUCGCGCAGCCGAAUGCGAAUGGCGUUGCGGGGUCUGCAAGAUUAUACGAGAAUGGUCACGCGGAAUUCGCCGAGAGUAACGGUGAGAUAGGUACACGCAAGCCAGAAAGUAAGAAAUGUUUUAUUUCUGAGGACUUUGAGGGAGUCAGUUUAUUGCGUACAACGUGUCUCGAGUGUGAACACGUAACCGAACGAAAGGAGACGUUCUGCGACAUAUGUGUACCCAUUGACAUUGAUCGUUCGAACGAGAAAGAUGAUAAUGAAUUGGACAGCAGUGAGGUAUACAAGCGCGCUGUAGUAACUAGUGAAUUGCUUUGGGGUAGGGAUAAGUACUGGUGUGCACGGUGCCUACGGUAUAAUGAGGCUCGCAGAGCCGUUUGUUUUCCCUCUUUACCUAGACUUCUUAUCUUGCAGUUGAAGAGAUUUUCUACUGCCGCUGGUUCAAUGGAAAAAAUCAAUAAUCACAUGCCAACACCAUUUACCUUGCAAUGCUUCUGCGAGGAAUGUAGUAAUGAUGAAACUCAUGGGAUGACAGCUGAUGGUAAUACAGAAACGCGACACGUGUACAAAUUAUAUUCGGUCAUAAUGCAUCAAGGUGCGACAAUGACUGCAGGGCAUUACGUCGCUUAUACUCGUUUACCAGACGAGCCUGCGUAUGCGGAGUAUUCUCAAUGCGAUCGCGAUAAUAAACGGCAAAAUCCGAGCCAGACUAGUGCCGCGAGCGCAAACUCUUCAUCGUCGUCCUCUUCUUCUUCCGAUAAACCAUCGGGCAUACUCAAGUAUUUUAGAAGUAGCAAACCCAACGCGAGCGAGAAUAAGGAGCAAUUAGUGAAUAGAGUCGGUUGUCGUAGCAUGGACUGUUGCGGCAUCAGGCGCAACAAACAGGGCGUCACCUGGUUGGAGUGCGACGACGAAGCGGUUCAUGUGAUCCCACUACGAGAACUUGAAGACAAACUGGCACCCAACGCGCGGAACUCAGCUACUCCCUAUCUUCUGUUUUACGUGAGGUCGACGAUGUAAGUCGCCGUUCUUCGUCUUCUCGUCAGAAGUAUAAUAUCAAAAUCGUCUCCGUUUGAAAUUCCAAGGGAUACUCCCCGAUUGACUCCAACAAACUUCGAUUCGUCAAUUAUAAGGCCUGUCCUUUAUUACUGCACUGAACUGUAUUAAAAUCACAAUAUAACUAGUAGUGGCAUUUUGUGAAAGAAUACAUGCCGCCGCAAAUUCAGUCGCACAAGCAAUAUUAUUGUUCGCUAAUAAAAUUUAGUUUUAAUAUUUUAUAUAACAAGAUUUUUUACUUAUUAUUGAUUAAUUAGAUUUUAUCUUAAACAAAUUUACAUUUUUGAAUAAUUUUCUAUUUUUACAUCAUUUUUAAUAUUGUUAUUAUCGUUAUGAAUAUCUCUUAUAUUACGAAUAUUAUUUAAUUGAUUUUCUUCUUAAGGACUGACCUAUCAUUCGAUAUUGUAACCGCAGAAUGAUAUAUUUAUUAUACGCGUUUAAUAAAUUGGUUACUAUUAGAAUUAUAUGAGAUUUGUUUUUAUUAUUAUUUUUAUAUUAUGUUUUUAUAUUAUAUUCAUUGAAAGUGGCUUAAGAAUGAUCCCAAACAUUGGAACAUCUUUUUAUUAUAUAAUGUAUCAUAAUUAUUUGUACAUAAGACAAAAUUAAUAACUGACAUACGCAAGAUUACGCAA